AUGAUGAAACUUUGGGUUAAAAAAUUGGCUGUAUUGGCGACGAUUUUGGCAAUCUUAAGUAAUAUUUUCAUUUUCACAUAUCCUUCUAUACAUCCAACAAGUUGUUCCUGGAAAUGUCCCAACAACCCAAGCGAUACCCACAGUGGACCAAAUCUUGCUGUCAAUGAAUUAUCUCUAUGGGAUAAAUCCAUCUUUUAUUUUAGAAGAUACAUCAAUGAUAUUUUGGAACAAUUCAGUAAUUCCAAUGCUACAGAUACUAAUGGUUCAAAUAAUAGUGAUCAAAUCCAUCUUCUAGCGUUUGGUGAUCCACAGAUAAAAGGCAUUUGGAAAAAUACUCCAUACAGAACAAGAUUAGAUAUCUUUGGUAACGAUUUCUAUUUAGGCCAUAUCUAUUCGAUGAUGCAGAAAAGAUUGAAUCCAAGUCAUGUUGCAGUAUUAGGUGAUCUUUUUUCAUCCCAAUGGAUCCCUGAUGACGAAUUUUUUAAUAGGACCAGAAGAUAUAUGACUAGAAUAUUUAAUAGGAAUUCCCCAAAUUUAACAGAGAUUCAAUCUCAGAACCACGACAACAUCGGUUUAUAUCAGGCUAAUUGGAAGCUUUGGGGGGAUCAGUUUGAAUUGUUAAAUAAGACCCAAAAUUUUGAAUUCGGUUACAAUGAUGUUUAUUCAUGGGACCCCGAAAACGAAGAUUUUUUGUUUAUUAAUGUUACUGGAAACCAUGAUACAGGUUAUUCAGGUGAUGUCACAUACCAACAUUUGACUAGGUUUCAACAAUUCUUUGGUAAAGAUAACUAUUGGAUUGAAUACAAUAAUAAUGAGAAAAACAAUGAAAAGACAUGGAGACUAGUUGUGUUGAAUGAUUUGCUUCUUGAAGGACCAGCUUUACAAUCAGAGUUUGUUGAUUACACAUGGGAAUUCCUUUAUCAGUUAUUUGAAAGAAAAUUUAAUGGCAGCACUGUCCUAUUAACACACAUUCCAUUUUACAAAAAGGAAGGAUUAUGUUACGAUGGUCCAGAGUUUAGAUACUAUCCAAAUGGAUUCGAAAGAGAACCUUAUAAAUCUGGAUUGUUAAGAUCUCAAAAUCACAUCAGUGAAGAAACUACAAAUAGAGUAUUAAAUUUGAUUUUUAACAGUGAUAAACCAGGAAUUAUCCUAGUAGGUCAUGAUCACGUUGGUUGUGAAGUUACAUAUAACAAAAAUUCAAGCACUGGUAAGUGGGUUGCUACAAAAUACCCCCUUUCUUCUGAUGAAUCCUUUAAUUAUCAUGUUAAAGAAGUUACAGUAAGGUCCAUGAUGGGUGAAUUUGAUGGUAAUACUGGGUUAUUAACUGGUCAAUUUAAUUAUGUAAAGAAACAAUGGGAAUGGACAUUUUCUUUGUGUCCCUUUGCUGUUCAACAUUUUUGGUGGUGUUCAAAAGUAUCUGCACUUUUAGCUGGAUUUUUAUGGUCUUUGUAUUUAGUAUUAUAA